UAUAUGAUGCUCCAGAGAUCCUUACAAGCUCAUCUAGCUGUGGAAACUGAUAUUUCUAGGAAAAUCUUGAAAUCUGUAUUGAAAUAAACUUCAUAAUAAUUUGUUCAGUUUAAUAGAUGCCUGUAAAAUAAGUGCUUAAACACAAUAAUUGUUUCUGUUAACAAGAGCAUGUUAAACUUAUUUUAAUUGUAUGGGUCAGAAGUGCAAAUUCAACUAUGUUAACAAAAGCUGACAAUACACUCAGUCAUAAAUGUUGUAAUAGGUGUAAUUUGGUGCAGAACGUGGCAGCCAGACUGGUCUUUGGGAUAACCCAAAGACACCAUAUAACACCAGUCUUAAGAGAACUACACUGGCUGCCUAUAUAUUUCCAAAUGAAAUAGUGCUAUUUAUUACCUAUAAAAUCCUUAACAGCUUGGGUCUGGGGUAUUUGAGAGUAUCUCCUUUGUCAUGAACCCUCAUGCCUAUUAAUAUCAUCUGGGGAGGUCCGGUUAUGGCUACAACCAGCUCAUUUGGUGGCUACUCAGGACCGGGCCUUCUCUGUGGCUGCCCUGGGGCUCUGGCAUGUACUCCCUGACAAAAUCAAAGCUUCUCCAUCUCUGGCUGUUUUUAAUUACCCUUAAGACCCACCUGUUUGCUCAGACUUUUAAUUAAUUGAUUUUAAGUGGUCUGUUUUGUAUCAUGAAAUUGUGUUUAUGAUUUUUAUACUGUGUUAUAUUUUAACUUAUGUACACCGCUUAGGGAUCCACAUGUCAGGUGGUAUAUAAAUAUAGAUGGAUACAGGCAAGUUCAAACCAAAAAGGCUUGCUUAUUUUGCAGAUUGAUGUAAUGCUGCUUCAUGGUUACAAUAGCUGUCCAUUUAAAAAGCCACAACAGAGUGCUUCAGAAUUUGAGACUGUAUCUGUCUGUGGCAAUUAUUUUUAUAUGUUACACACAUUUUCCUUAUUCUCACAGCCAACCAAGGUGGAAGACAACACAUCUGUGAGGGCAACCAGGAGCAGGAGUAAAAUGCAUUCCCCUUCAAAAGUCAUUCCUGAAUCUCAUCCUGAGAAAAUGAAGGAAUCUGAAACAAAGACAGCUGUGGAAGAGCCUUCAGAGACACAAGCAACUCUGAAUAGGAGUAAAGCUGUCUGUUUAGCAGACUCCGUUGCUGAACUGCAGGCUGAUGGAGAUAUUUCUGAAGCAGAAUCAAAUUGUUCAUCUGUGUCAGGUCUUCAGACACCUUUGUUUAUAAGAAUAACAAGAAGGCGGAGAAUUGUAGUUCCUUGUCAACCAGAGUCUGCAUCUAAAAACAGGCAAAGCAAGAAAACCGUUCCAAAUGAGAGAAGCAAAUGCCAAGACGAUGAUGACAUCUCUGAAGCAGAAUCCUGCUCUUCCAUCAUUUCAGGUGUGCGGAGCCCUAGUGUUGCAAGGAGGCCUACAAGCCGGCAAGUCAAGACUAAUGUCUUGCCACUGUGUGAGACUCAAGCUGAAGAAGUUUCUGAUGCAGAAUCAUGGUGCUCAGGUGUUUCCACGGAAGCAUCUGUUCAGUUUAAACGAAUUACGAGGAGCAUGCGAGUAAGAUCACAACCAGAAGCAACAUUGCAGAUUGAAAAGAAAAUUGAAAUGGUGGGGGAUCAAAAAUCAGCUGAGUCAGCAACUAAAUCUCAGAUAAUUGUAAUAUCUGAUUCAGAACCCUCAAAAUCUGAUGUAGAUACAGAACAAGCAUCUUCUCUCUCACCUGCUCAGAGCAAUGAUCAUUCAAGUCCCUGUAAAACAAAAUGCCAUUCUGAAUCUAUUGCUAGCAGUGAUCUGAAACAGACUUUAUCAAGAAGCCCUGAAAAAAUUAGGGAAUGUACCAAAAAAUCACCCCAAAAAGAGACACCAAAGAAUAUGAAUUAUGAAUCUGUGGAUAGUGUGGAGGUAAAGGUGGGAAAGGACAAAAAUAUAAGGGAAUCUGUUACAAAACACAUAUCAGAUGAUGUAUAUGAAAUAGUAGAGAGCACAGUGGAAGUGUGUGAUCAAACUUCAGAAGAAUCCAGAAAAGUAACUGAGAAACAAUCACCUGUAAAGAAUGCAGACAUGUCUCCAUAUGGCCAUAGACGCCUUGAGCAAUCUAAUAUGUCUCCAAGACAGACAACCCCUAACAAAAGCAAAAACAGUGUGGAACCCCAAAAGAGAGAUACCGGAAAGUUUACACAGGGUUGUUUCCAUCACACAGAAGAGGUAAUAGAUGUGGAUGAAAUAUCUAAAACAGGCAGCCAACAGGAUGAUAUCCUUCCAAUCCAAACUAUUGAAAGCAGUGAUGAUGACUGCAGGGUUUCUGUUGCAAGUAUGGAGAGUGAUAGAAGCCACCAGGAGCCAGUUGCAGAAAUCUCUUCAUGUGUAACCAAAACAUCAGGGGGUGAAAAAUGUUUCACUGUAUCACUUCUUGCCAGCGAUGAGAGUGAUGAAUCUAGCGACAGUGAUUUAGAAGAUGCUAAUGACCUGGAAGUGACUGCUAGUUAUCCCAGUACCAGUAAUCAAAAUACAUUGGCUUUGGACAAAUCUCACAGUAAAGAAUUGUUUGUAAUUGACAAAACUCCUGGCUUGGACUCCAACAAUGUAUACUAUUUGGAGAAAGACACCGUUGAUGAUAACGAGAGUGAAAAAAGUGAGGAGUCGUCUGAGCUCGAAGACAAUGAAGUGGAGUUUAUAGAUGAGGAUGAAGAUUUAUUGAAUGCAAACAGUAAAAUCUUAUCCUUUUCAAGCAGCAUUGAUCCUGGCCUAAAUGUUAAGCACCUUGGAGGCUUAUAUAUUAGUUUUCAUGCAGGAAAACAGAAGCCAGGCCUGCAUGGAACUGCAUCACCAAAGGAGAAAAAGAAAGAUGAGCUUUUGCAGAAGAGUAUUAUAACUCCAGAUUUUGAAAAAAAGGAAUGUAUUCCACCCCUAAGAGAAUCAGUCCACCAGUUAAAGAAACAACGUAGGGCAGAGCGAGAGAAAACAACCGGAGAUGGCUGGUUUGGCAUGAAGGCCCCAGAAAUGACUGACGAAUUGAAAAAUGACCUUAGAGCUCUGAAGAUGAGAGCCGCCAUAGAUCCAAAGCGAUUUUAUAAAAAGAAUGAUAGAGAAGGCCUCCCCAAAUACUUUCAGGUUGGAACUGUUGAAGAUUCUCCAGUAGACUUUUACCAUGCUCGAAUUCCCAAAAAAGAUAGGAAGAAAAACAUUGUGGAUGAACUGCUAGCAGAUUCUGAAUUUAGAAGAUAUAAUAAAAGGAAAUAUCAAAGCAUCAUGGCUGAAAAGGCAGCCCUUGCAGCUGGCAAGAAAAACCUGAAGAAGAAAAAAUUUCGCAAAUAAAAUUUGAAACAAAUAAGAUUGAACUCUUUAGUGAACAUGUCAGCUUUUGCAAAUAAAUGGACUAAGAAGCUGAUUGCAUCAGGACAAAGCUGGCCCUGGUUUUCCCAGGGAGAAUGGAAAUGAAAUUAAAGUCAAUACAAAGUAUCGACACAAGCGGUCAACAGAGGGUGAAAUCUAAACUAGGGGGUUGAGGCAGGAGAAACAAUCCUGUGCAAAAUCAGAGUACUGAACAUGUAUGGGUCAAGUAAAAACUGAUCAUCUUAAUUUCAUUUAAUUCUUAUCCAACUGGAAAUCUUUGUGGUUUAGCUGUCAAAUGUAUAAAAGCUGUGUAUACGUGUCCAUUAAAAAGCUUGUAAGAGUUCACAAAGCCAGGUAGAUUUUUUGAAACUUGGUUUUGCAAAUACUGUGAAGCCACAGAUCCGUUGCUUUGGAAAAAUACUAUUUAAAAUGUGCCACAAAAGGAAAUAGAAUUCUACAUAUGUGAAUAUUAAUAUAUUUCUGGAGGUGUGAGAGAAUGUCCUCUUUCAAGACAGUUGCUUAUCUUAUUAAAAAAGCAUAUGUAAACACAUAUAGCAUGUACACUUCUAAAACGUUUGAAAACUGCUUAUGCAUAAGGUGCCAUUCCUGCCACAACGGCCUAUGUUCUGUCUUUGUUAAAUUACAUCUUUGAAUUGAAUUGUUCCCAGGUUAUGGUUUUUAUACUUGUUGUGUUUGGAAAUGACUUGAGAGCGGUAGAACUUAUGUAUGUCAACUCAAUUUUGGCAAAAAAAAAAAGUGCUCACGGUACAAUUAUACUGGCACUAAGAUUGUAAUAGUACUUGCUUAUCUAUUAUACUGGCAUGAAGAUUAUUGCCAAUUGACAAUGAAGACACUGAAGUGGUGAAUAGCUCCUGCCUUUUAGGAUCGACCAUCAACAGUAAAGCAUCCAGCAAUCAAGAAGAAAUACGCUGCAGACUAGCACUUCGUAGGGUUGUAAUGAAGGCCUAGUUUUAUGUAAUUAGUGACAAGACACAGGUGAAACCUGGACCUGUGUAUGUAAAACAAAAAAUGCCUUGGAAAGGAUAUUUAGAUGCCAUAAUGUGUCUACACCUACAAAGAUUAGAAUUAUUCGGACUAUGGUUUCCCCCGUGACACACCAUGGAUGCGAAAGCUGGACUUUGAAGAAGCAAGAUAGAAAAAGCAUUUACGCUUUUGAACUUUGGUGCUGAAGAAGACUUUUGAGGAUACCAUGGACAGCCAGGAAAACAAACACAUGGAUCCUAAAACAAAUCAAUCCAGAAUUUUCACUCGAGGCAUAAAUGACCAUGCUGAAACUAUCAUACUUUGGAUGCAUUUUGUGAAGACCUAGGUCCCUUAAGUCCACAAUGCUGGGUAAAGUUGAAGGCAAGAGAAGAAGAGGACGACCAGCAGCAAGAUGGAUGGACUUGAUUACAACAGGAAUGAAUGCAUCACUGAGAGAUCUUAAAGGCCAAGUUGAAGACAGAUCAUUCUGGAGAGAAUCUUAUCUAUGUGGUCACUAAGAAUUGACACCGACUUCAUGGCACUUAAUCAAUCAAGAUUAUUGCCAGUAUAAUAGACAAAGAUACUGUGUUAGCUGUCCUCUAGAUGUUUGUCAUACUUGCACAAAGGCAGAGGAAUUAGAAACAAUGCUCCACAAAUUGGUGCUUACUUUGGCAAUCACACUGACCCUUUCUCUAUAUUUUCCAUGUUGGGUUGAGUUUUGAAGCAGGCAGCAGCAGUUUCUGCCUGAUACGAGACCUCCCCUAAGACUCCUGGGACACAUGCAAAUGGUGGCUCCUAUUAGACUGUCCUGGGUGAGGCAGAAGCAGCAGUAGUGGCUUGUGCUCUAAAGCACAGAAGGCCCCUUUCCUGAGCCCUCUACUCAUGCUAGAUAAUUCAAAGGAGAAGAAUGGGUGGUGGUGAUCAUACAUAAUUGUUGGCUACUGAGUCAAACCAACAUCUGUAGACUGCAGAAUUGGAAAUUCUAAAAGCAAAGGGUUUGGCUGGGGUGUUUUUGCAAUGAAUGUGUGGUUUAGAGUGGACACUUGGGGUUAGCUGUCUCAAACUUUCUUCUGCUCUUCAUAUCCUUUGCAUUUUGCUGUACUGUAUGUAUCUACAUUUGUUAGCAACUCUCAUAACCUAGUUUUAUGUAAUUAGUGACAAGACACAGGUGAAACCCAGACCUGUGUAUGUAACAACAAAAAAAGCAAUCUACUACGA